AAUAAAGUACAGUUACUGCUAAUUAUUUGUUUGUAUAAUUAUAGUUCUCAUUAAUUAAACACUGCCAGAGCAACGUGCAUGCUAAGAAUGUUUUUUCCGACCUUUUUCCCAACACUACAUUCCCUACAUAUCCCCGUGGUGCUGAUGUUGCUCUCUGUGCGCCUUCUACCACUCCUCCUCAUUCACACCUCUCCUUCCUCUCUUGGGUCCUCUGCGCAUCGCUUGGUGUGAGCUCCGUGUUUACGCACAGGACUGAAGGACCCCUCCCUCCCUGUCUCUCUCCCUUCCUCACCGAGAUGCCAUCCGACCUGCAGGUGAGGCGCUCAGCAGCGCUUUCUCUGUCCCUCCUUCCUGCAGAGCGGAUCAUCAGGGCGGCUGGAAGCGACGCGCUUCGCUCCGCAGAGUGAAGUUUCCUCCAGGAUUGUUGGACUGAGGAACGACUGAGCGCCUGGAAAGUAACGCGAUCUGGAGUCCUGGGAGAGGCAACAGUGUGGAUGAGGUUUGCAGCUUGUUAUCUGAGACCUCUAAACCUGACAUGUGUGCACAGAGUGAGAUGGUAACCUGAGUCUCGUCCCUGGGGUAUCCAGUAUGCAUGCUGUUGCGUCACAGCUUUUAGACAAGACCAAAGUUGGAGCCAGCUGUUGCAACCCGGCUGUUGCAGCCAUGUUGCUCAUGCUGUGUAUUGGCUUCAUUCCCACAGUGGCCCCUUGCCCAAUACAUUGCCUUUGUGCCAGUGAUAUAAUUUCCUGCAGUGGAAGCAACCUGUCUGCUUUACCCUCUGAUCUUCCUAGCUAUGCCACAAGGCUGGACGUUAGCCACAACAUGCUGAGAGCUGUGUCAGUAGACUGGGUCUCUCAACCAUUUCACCGGCUCACCACGCUGGUUCUCAGCUGGAACUCUAUAAGCCAAAUCGAGGUGUCUGCCUUCACUGCAACACCACAUCUCCUCUACUUGGAUCUUUCAGCUAACCAACUGAGAGUCCUGAGCUCAUCCAUCUUCAGCGGGCUGUCAGAACUCAAAGAGCUGCUACUGAUUGGAAACCAGCUAACCCAAAUAAAGCCAGAAGCCUUUAGUGGUGUCAUUGCCCUGCAGAGAAUCUACCUUUCUGCAAACAGACUAACUACCUUUCCCCUGGAACUUUUUGAAGACCCAAAAGGACCGCAAAAUCUGACCUUCCUGGACUUGUCAUACAACAAAUUGUCCAAGUUACCCGUUCAGAGCCUGUUAUCUGUCAGCCGCCAUGCAGGAAUAUAUUUACAGGAAAAUCCUCUCCUCUGUGACUGUGCUUUGAUUGCCUUGCUUGAAUACUGGCUGUGGAAACAGUAUCACCCUUUAGUGGAUUUUCAAGACGAAUAUGCAUGUAGAGGUACCGCAGUUCGAGAGGUUAAUUGUACAUAUCAGGGUUUGUCAGAAAUACCCGUUAAGGCACAAAGCUAUCAAGUACAGCCUGGUGAUUGGCUAAGAGUACCCUGUCUUGCGUCAGAUUUUCCUGUUCAGGAUGGUUUGGUAGUCUUUUGGGUUACCCCAAGUACAAUACUGAAUUCAUCUGUAAGUGACCCGGUUGCUCACCUGUCAGUUCUAGCCAAUGGCACACUUGAAUUCAAGGGGGCGUUAGUGGAAGACUCUGGCAUAUAUGAGUGCGUGGUGGCAAGAGGGAGCUACUAUGAAGCGGGUGAAUCUCUUGAGGUUAGAGUGAUGGUCGGAAACUCAAGCAUCUCCUCCACCACAGGCUUGGCUCGUCGCAGCAGCGGAGAACAUUUCAACACAGCCUUUACCACCCUCGCUUCAUGUGUUAUAAGCAUCAUACUGGUACUGCUGUACCUCUACCUCACUCCCUGUCAGUGUCGAGAAAGUAGAGGCGGUGGCUCCGGCUGUGGUGCUCGGGCUAUCAUUCUCUGUUCAGACCCAAGGGAGGUGGAGUCGGGACAAAGGCGUGCUAACGGAAAGAGGGUCGCAUUCUUAGAACCUCAGGCUGAAGACUCAGAUAUUAGUGUCCCAAAAACACCAGUGAUGACAUUGGACCAUGUUUCCACUGAGGGAAUUCUCAAAAAUGGAAGUAGGACAGUGGGACACACCCUCGCAGACCCUGCUCACGUGGCAUAGUAAAGGAAAAUAACAUUAUGCAAAGAUCUGUCCCUUUACAGUCUUAUUUGUAAGCUUUUUUUCAUUGUGGAAAAAAAUCUAUUUGAUGUAAAGUAUUGUUCUAGUGAUCCAUUCUGGGUAGGAGAAUCUUGUCUGAAACGCAGUCCUUUAAUAGAGUCGAAUGUAAAUUAUGUCUCAUCUCUGUGUGGUAUGUGUUUUAUAUUCAGAGUUCAUAUGGAAAUUUCCCUGUUAUCUCAGAGAUUCAUCCCUGCAUGGAUCACAGAGAUCAUAGAAACGUAGGAGGGCUCUUUGAAUUGGGCCAAAAGGGAUAUUUUCACACCUGACUGUUGAGCUGAGUUGGAGUACUCUGUUAUUCGUCUACAGUGUCCAGCAUAUGUUGUAGAUAAAAUCAGUUUGUCUGUUUUUCUUAACAAGUCAUCUGAUGGAACAAAGCAAAACAUAUAUUCCUGAUUAUCAAAUUUUUAUAUGACAAUGACAACCUGUCGUUUUGACUUAAUCAAUGUAUAAGACAUUUUUGCACAUUUUUCAAAUUUCAGUUUCAUUUAAUGAGGGAAGAUACUAUCAAACUCAGCCAGUCUACAAACCUGUGGGGAGUACAGAUCCCAUUUUGAAUAAAAAUGUAUUAAGCUAUUUCUUUAGAAUUAAUGUCCUAAAACAAUCAGAGCUCAGAAUAAAGAAUUAAAUUCAAAUCUGUUCUCUAAUGUGUUAAAUACAUUAGGGUCAUUAUGUUAUGUAGGUAUGAAUUACUUUUAAAAUAAAAUAAAUGAUAUAAAGACUAGGAAACCCCUUUAUGUGUGUUGAGGCCAUCAUACUCGGUUAUCUGAAGCAUUUAAGGGUGGCUAAAAAAGCAAAACUGCUAUGGAACUGUUUUUUUAAAGCUCAGGAUAUAUGAGAUAAUUUAACUCAAUAGGAAUUUCACUUUGGCUCAGAAUAACACAUAAAGCAUUACAUUUUUUAUUUUCCAUUUUAAUGAGCCAAUGACUCUUACAUGACAAGUUCACUGUUAAAAAAUGUGGAGUUUGACAUUUUUAAAAGUGAUGUGGGACUGUGAUACCUGCAUUGCAGAGAAACAUGAGAGACAGUAAAACUUAGGAGGGAAGCUUUUUUUUUAGUGUGCAUUUGUUCUUAAAUAGUGCCUUUUUAAAGAAACUCUAUUAUAGUUUCGAAUCAAUGCGAGAGAGACCAAUUUAAGACAGAUAUGGUUCUGCAGAUAUGGGUUGUGUCUAGUCAAUAUCAUUACCACACUGUAUUUAAGCUCUGUGUUAACUUAGGUCCAUUUUGUAGGGCUAGUCAUCCAGCCUGUGUAAAAUCACAAUACGGACUCACUCCCAACUCAUUAAUGCUAAUGCUUAGGCAAGCCGUCGUGUCAGAUAAUGAUGCAACGGGGGGUACCCUUCUCGUCAUUUUUUGACACGUUAGUGGCAUGACGGGUUGUGGCAUUAAUUGCAAAGUAAAAAGCAGCACUAACCCCUUUCUUACUCUAACAACUAAACCUUAAUGAACACUAGUAUACUGUACACGUCACAAUGCACUCCUAAAUUUACCAGCAAUAACUUUGUAGGCUAAAACAUUUUUAAAAAUUUGUCACAGCUCAUGUGCGUGUCAUUUGAUAAAAUGUCCGCAAUGUGUCAUUUACCCUGGGUGUCAAUAUAUGAUGAGAGAGGGGUACCCCCUUUGUGUCAGUGUAAUGUGCAGGGGGCUUUUACCAAGUGAUGGUAGUUAGAUUCCUUAUAGUACCCUGGUGCACUUCUUGGCAAUGAUGCAGGGAUGUAGAGUACUGAUCUCUUGUUUAGUUCAGGUUCCUGAUCAAGGUAUUUUAAAAGACUGAUAUCAGAAAUCCUAAUUCAACUCAACUUAUGCUAUUUAUUGUGUAUUGCCUGGGAUGUCACCAGGUGCCCAAUGUUUAUUCUGGGUUGUCUGCAUUAUUUUGCUGGUCCAACUAGUGGUUUAUUUCAAACAAAUUUUAUUUUCCAGCAGCUCCAGAUAUAAAUGAAUUCAAUUCGGUUCAAAAAUACUUUAUUAAUCUUAAAGGGAAAUGAAUGGUUGCAUAAAGAACAGCUGAAAUAGCCAUUCAAUACAAAAUCAAUUAACUGAAAUAUGUUAAGAGCCAAAUUAAAAGAUUAUCGAAAAGUGAACACGCUGAACAUACUGUUUAGCAAUAAACAAAAAGCACCAGAAGUCGAAUGUAAUUAUAUUUUUAGUGAAGAGAUGCUGUCAUGCUCAUUGCUCUGUUGCAGUUUGCUCAUUAGCCCUUUGCUUUUCUUGGACUUGUCUGUUUUUGUCUGUCUUCCCAUAUCACACCUUAUGUAAACACCAGCAUGUUGUGCUGCUACAAAAAUUGUCUCUUUGAAACUGCUAAUCCAUUUGAAGUUAUGUGAAUUAAAUGAACCAUCAUAGCCAA